AUGGCGCUUCAGAACCCGAUCAACAUAUACUUUGGGUUCCCCGGGGACGACGGCGCGGCGGCGUGGCUCAUCUUGGCCACGGGUUGCAUUGGUAUUGUGCAGCAGAGCACACUUGGCCCGCUCCUCGAACGUCAAGGCCCGCGGUGGGGCAUGGGCAUCCCCACGCUCUUCCUGGCACUUAGCCUUGUCGGCAUGCUUCUCUCUGUGCACAUUCUGUCGUGGCCGCUCUUUUGCAUCACGUAA